AUGUCCACCAUGGAAGCCAUCGUCAUAUCCCGACUCGACGGCCCAUCGGUCCUCGAGUAUCAACAAAUGCCGAAACCAACACCCACUCAAGGCGAAGUCCUCAUCCAAGUCAAAGCAUUUAGCCUCAACUAUGCGGAGAUGCACAUGCGAAAAGGCGAAUGGGACGAAUGGAACCUAGUCACGGGACUGUAA